GUGGCCUAACUAGCUUGCUAUAAAAAUGCAGGGCCUCUGUUUCUUUGAGGAUAUGGUGUUCAUGGUUUUGGGAUUUGCAGAGAGAGAAAGAAGGAAAUAAUCAGAAACAUAAAAGUUUUCACCUAUUUUCUAGGGUUUAUGAGAUAUCUUUUUCUGUAUUUUUGGGUUAUCAGGAAGGAGGAGGACGUGGCUUAGGGUUCUCUCUGGUUUAAAGGAAGCUAGGGUUUUCUUGAUUUGUUUUGUUGAAGGUUUUUGGGUUUUCUGGAGUUUGUUUGAGAUUUUGGGGAGAUGGAGAGAGAACCAAAGGUGGCGAGGGACUUUUUUGGUUUGAAUCCCGUAGUGAAAGACGAGGCAAAAGAGAGAGAGGAUUUCUAUAAAGGUUUUACAGUCAACGAUUUUGGUCAAUUCAACACAUCGGUGAAGGAUUCAGCAUCCAUGGCAAAUGGAAUGCAAUGGCCUUUCUCCAUCAACGCAUCUGCCCUUCAACAAUUCAUGUCUUUCAAAGGUGCCCAAGAGGAUAGACACAAGAAAGUCGUGUUUGACCAGCUAGCCUCGUCUGGGUUUCAGCCCAUAUCAACUGCAGGUGCUUAUGAGACAAACCACAGAGCACCAACUGCAACCCAAGGAUUCACUUUGGAAACAAAUGGUGCUCCAAUCACAAAAUCACAUAGCCAGUAUGGCAUGUCUUGCAUGCCGUAUCCUUCUCAAGCCGCCAUUGAGCAGGGUUCCAUAUCCCACCAUUCUCAGGGCAUAGGAACACUGCCGCUCUCCAGCCAUUCAAUCCCAAUCUCUAUGAGCAGCCCGUUCUUCAAGAUGCAUGGUGGAGCUGGUAAUCCCAGUUCAGUGAAAUCUUUUGGAGGGAUUCCUGUCACGUCUCAGCAUCCUGUUACCUCUUCUGUGGGAACUCUGGCUGGGUCUUUUCUACCAAGGAGUGUUCCAUGCACGCUGGCGAAGCCUGCUUCCUCAGCUGCUCAGUUGACCAUAUUUUAUGCUGGUUCAGUGAAUGUUUACGAUGACAUUCCUUUAGAGAAGGCUCAAGCAAUUAUGUUCUUGGCUGCUAAUGGGGCUAACCAAUCUGUUAAGACUCCAAAUUCUAGAACCCAAGUGCCAUCGUUGCCUAUAGCAACUGUUGAGGGGAUUCCUAGCAACUCAGCUAUGCCGACCUGCUCUGGCCUUUCAAGCCCAAUGUCUGCGACGUCGCAAUUGCAGGCAGCUGCUCACUCGAGCAGUGACCUGGUUGCGGUCAAAACCAUUUCGUCCUUAGCUCCUAGCAACCACCAAGAACCACCAAAACAGACUCCUGCAGCGCUGAAUGCAAGAGCAGCGGUUCCACAGGCAAGGAAAGCAUCUCUCGCUCGGUUCUUGGAGAAACGCAAGGAAAGGGUCUCAAAUAUGGGACCUUACACCACCAAAAAGUCCCCAGAGCACUCCUCAACUGUUGAAAGCGGCGCCUCAGACUCGCCAGAUUGUGUCGGAAUUUGCAGCAAAGUCGACCAUAAAUGGAGUUUAGGGCCUCCCCUUAACAGUGAGGUGGGCAAUGCGAGGAGCUAAGUCAAGCAUCCGAUGAGCCUCUUUCUCAUGGUUUUCCAUUCUUAUUCUUUUGGGGGUCUCAAUUAUAUAGUCUUUAUCUCUAUGUGGCCUUUGGUACAACUAAAAACCGUUGCUUUUCAUCAGAGAAGCUUUGUAACAUUCAAGUUUUCUGACUGGAAAUAAUAGGAGGUAGAGUCUGCUAUUUUGGAAUCGGGAAGAGGUCAAAAGACAGGGAUGAUGAUGGGAUAUGAAUUAGAAUUGGGGAGAAAUUGAUUCCCCCACAUGCAUUGCUUUUCCUUUACCAUGUUUUAUAUAUAACGUAUUUUAUUUUUGAACCAAGUAUUGAGCCAUUGAUAUGA